GGAGCGCCGCGCAGCGCCGGGCCUUCUUGAGUACGGCCUCGCCGGUUUGGCGGGGUGAAAGGUUGCGAAGAUGGCGACGGCCUUGAGCGAGGAGGAGCUGGACAAUGAAGACUAUUACUCACUGCUGAACGUGCGCAGGGAGGCCUCUUCUGAAGAGCUGAAGGCUGCCUACCGGAGGCUGUGUAUGCUGUACCACCCGGACAAGCACCGGGACCCGGAGCUCAAAUCCCAAGCAGAGCGGCUGUUUAACCUUGUCCACCAGGCGUAUGAAGUGCUUAGCGAUCCGCAAACGAGGGCCAUCUAUGACAUCUAUGGGAAGAGAGGCCUGGAGAUGGAAGGCUGGGAGGUGGUGGAAAGAAAGAGGACCCCAGCUGAGAUCCGAGAAGAGUUUGAGAGGCUCCAGAGAGAGCGGGAAGAGCGCAGACUGCAGCAGCGAACCAACCCAAAGGGAACCAUCAGCGUUGGAGUAGAUGCCACUGACCUUUUUGAUCGCUAUGAUGAAGAAUAUGAAGACGUGUCCGGAAGUGGCUUUCCGCAGAUUGAGAUUAAUAAAAUGCACAUAUCCCAGUCCAUUGAGGCACCCUUGACAGCUACAGACACAGCCAUCCUCUCUGGAAGCCUCUCCACCCAGAAUGGCAAUGGUGGUGGUUCCAUUAACUUUGCACUCCGGCGAGUCACUUCUGCAAAUGGAUGGGGAGAGUUGGAGUUCGGAGCCGGAGACCUCCAGGGGCCUUUAUUUGGUCUCAAGCUGUUCCGUAACCUCACACCAAGAUGCUUUGUGACGACAAACUGUGCUCUGCAGUUUUCAUCCCGUGGAAUCCGGCCUGGCCUUACCACUGUCCUGGCUCGGAACCUGGACAAGAACACUGUGGGCUACCUGCAGUGGCGAUGGGGUAUCCAGUCGGCCAUGAACACUAGCAUCGUCCGGGACACUAAGACUUGCCACUUCACUGUGGCCUUGCAGCUGGGCAUCCCUCACUCCUUCGCUCUGAUCAGCUAUCAGCACAAGUUCCAGGAUGAUGACCAGACGCGCGUGAAAGGGUCCCUCAAGGCAGGCUUCUUUGGGACAAUAGUGGAGUACGGGGCUGAGAGGAGAAUCUCCCGGCACAGUGUCCUGGGCGCCGCCGUGAGCAUUGGUGUCCCACAGGGCGUGUCUCUCAAAGUCAAGCUGAACAGGGCCAGUCAGACCUACUUCUUCCCUAUUCACCUGACGGAUCAGCUGCUUCCCAGUGCUGUGUUCUACGCCACCCUGGGGCCACUGGUGGUCUACCUGGCAAUGCACCGCCUCAUCAUCAAACCAUACCUCAGGGCUCAGAAAGAGAAGGAACUGGAGAAGCAGAGGGAGAGCACAGCCAGCGACGUCCUGCAGAAGAAGCAAGAGGCAGAGGCUGCUGUUCGGCUGAUGCAGGAGUCUGUCCGGAGAAUAAUCGAAGCAGAGGAGUCCAGAAUGGGGCUCAUCAUCGUGAACGCCUGGUACGGGAAGUUUGUCAACGACAAGAGCAGGAAGAACGAGAGGGUGAAGGUGAUCGAUGUGACCGUGCCUCUGCAGUGCCUGGUGAAGGACUCCAAGCUCAUCCUCACCGAGGCCUCCAAGGCUGGGCUGCCAGGGUUUUACGACCCAUGUGUUGGGGAGGAUAAGAGUCUGCGAGUCCUGUACCAGUUCCGAGGCGUGCUACACCAGGUGAUGGUGCCUGACAGCGAGGCCCUGCGGAUACCAAAGCAGUGUGAGUAGCUGUCCCGGGGUGUCGCCUU